AUGUCUCGACCUGCUUUAGCUCUUCUUCUGGUUUUCUUUGUUUUUCCAAAAAAUUCUGAUGCUUUGAGAUGUCAAGUCAUGAACACUAUCCAGGGAAUAUCAACACAGGAUUGUCCUGCACACAUAUUCGAAUGCAUGAAGUUCGUCUGUCGUGUUGGAAAAUCUGAGCAAAUAUUCAAAGGAUGUAACGAUAAUGCCAAUCCUCCUAUAUCAUAUUCGGUCUUACAGCAAAACUGUGCAAAUAUGGGAGGAAAUGGUCAGCAGUACCUAUGCCGUUAUGAACUCUGCAACUCGUCUCCAGCUACUUCAAUCCUCUCCAUCGUCUCCAGCUUAUUCAUUUUCAAAUUUCUUCUUUAA